AUGGAUCCCGAAUACAAGGCUGCCAAGGAGGCGUCGGUGUCGCUGUUGGGAGGUGGAGGAAUGUGGGAGAUCAAUUUUGUCACUUCCGUCGCCCCUGUUGCAGUCCUCUUAUGGACCUUUCUCCAAACCCGCCAGAGCUUCUUCACCCCCUACACCGUGCCGGCAGCCUUGACGGAUUUCCUGCUGAAUUGCUGCACCAUCCUCUUCGCCACCACCAUGUACUCUUCCGCGCCCCAGGUCUUACUUGGUCUUCUCGUUCUCCCCGUCGUCGCCACGCUCCUACAGCCCAAAGCUGCUUCAGAACAAAGUAGCAAGCCAAAGGCGAAGACCGACGCAAAUGGUAAACCCGCCGAGGCCACCGCCGAUGAGCUCACCCCAGAUGAUCAGGACCCCCUUCCCAUCAAACCCUUCAUCACCACCUACCGCGGUGCAAUGAUGGUCAUUACAUGUAUCAGCAUCCUUGCCGUCGACUUUCCCGUUUUUCCUCGACGCUUCGCCAAGACGGAGAGCUUCGGCACGUCUCUGAUGGACCUGGGUGUUGGAUCUUUUGUCUUUGCCGCAGGCACCGUGGCAGCUCGUCAGCAACUCAAGGAGAAAGUCACUGGAAUCUCCUCAUUCGUCGCGCGCUUCAAAACCGCCAUGCGCCACUCUCUGCCGCUCAUCAUUCUCGGUCUCGCUCGUCUCUACACGGUGAAAGGCCUCGACUACCCCGAGCAUGUCAGCGAGUACGGCGUGCACUGGAACUUCUUCUUCACCCUCGCUCUGCUCCCACCCGCCAUCGCAAUCCUCCUACCCAUCCUGCGCUUCAGCCCAGCAUACGGCCUCGUGGCUCUCAUAAUCGGCAUUUGCUACGAGACUGCCCUGACCCCCGACAUGAAAUCCUACCUCAUCCUCGCCCCGCGCCACCCAGACGACUGGCUGUCCCAGAAUCGCGAAGGCGUCUACUCCUUCAUCGGCUACCUCGCAAUCUUCAUCGCAGGCAUGGGCAUCGGCACGGGCAUCCUCCCCCGCGACCCAGAAUGGGGCCUCGUCAUCCCCGUCCGCCGCUCCGACAAAAAAGACAAGAAAGAAAACGAUGACCCCCUAGACGAGGAUGCGGAAUGGCUCGCCUCAGUUCUCGACCAUUCAGCACCAGACGCAGCCGGCGCCGCCAGCACUACCACCGCCAAACCCGCGGAAGAAGAAGAAAACCCCUUCAAAUUCGAAUACCCCCAGGGCGCCUUCUUCUUCCUGCUCAAAUGGUCCUUCAUCUGGUUCAUCCUGACCGUCUGGCUCGUCUGGACCUACGGCCCGCAACUCUUCGUCUCCCGCCGCAUGGCCAACCUGCCCUACGUAGCCUGGGUCUCCGCCUUCAACACCACGCAGCUCUUCGCCUUUUGCAUCAUCGAGUGGCUCAUGUUUCCCGAUUUGUACAAAGCGCCCGACAGGCAGACGGAGGCCCGCCGCAUCCAAAAUGCCACGAGCAAGGUUCUGCAUGCGUUUAAUCGCAAUGGGCUCGCGCUGUUCUUGCUGGCGAAUUUGUUGACCGGCGGGAUCAACAUGAGUGUCAAGACGCUUUAUAUGGAUGAUAUCAGUGCCAUGGUGGUGUUGGUGGGGUAUAUUGGGGUGCUUUGCGCGACGGCGCUGAUGUUGGAUCAUUACGAUAUCUCGAUCAAGCUGUAA